UCAGGCUUGCUGUCGCACGUCGAUGAUUUGUAGCUGUUGGACAUCUCCCUCCCUUCUCCGCUAUUGUUUGAGGUUUUGGUGAAGGGAUUGAUAGACACCGCAUGUACUACUGGAAUUGCCCAUGCUGUGGAAUAACAUUGACAUAGGGUAAAGGUGUGUGGGCACUGCACCACCCAUCAGUGCUGGAACAGGAUGUGAUCUCACAGCAGCUCCCGAUUUCUGUCCAGCUUUGUGUUUGCGAGUGGGAACCACCUCCCGCUCCAAGGACAGGACAUGUUUGAAGCCAAAUCCCGGGCGGUGGAGAAGAAAGAGUCGAGCACUGAGACAGAUGAAGGUCUGGGCAGCAGCGGGAGGCAUUAUGGCUCCGGCUCGCUGGGCUCUGGUUCAGCCGGCUCCGUCUACCUGUCAGACAGCCAGGACUGGGUGGUCUCCCCGAGCUGCUCUCCAGACGAAGGCCCCGGCCAGCACAAUGCCAUCUCCCCCGUGCUGGCCGAGGAGACUUUCCGCUACAUGACGUAUUUUGCUUUGGAGCCCUCUUCUUAUUCCCACCCCGGCUCUCAGAGCCUCUCCAAAGUCCUCAGUGCUGAUCGCGUGGAGCAGAUGACCAAGACUUACAAUGACAUGGAAGUGGUCACGCACCUUUUGGCUGAGCGGGACAGAGACUUGGAGCUGGCAGCUCGGAUUGGUCAGUCACUUCUGCAGAGGAACCAUCUGCUGCAGGAACGCAAUGAGGCCUUAGAGGAGCAGCUAGCACAGGCCCUGGACCAGGUUCACCAGCUGCAGCAUGAGCUCAGUAAGAAGGACGAGUUGCUGCGGAUGGUGGCCAGCGUCUCGGAGGAGAGCGAGACCGACUCCAGCGUGUCCACGCCGCUACGGCAGCCUCAGCCCCCGGGGGGAACCGCCGCAGCACUCAGCCAGCUGGAGUCUCUGCAGAGCAAGCUGCAGGAGCUGGAGGAGGAGAACCUGACACUGAGGUCUGAGGCGUUUCAACUGAAGAGAGACACCAUCACCUAUGAGGAGAAGGAGCAGCAGCUAGUGAGCGACUGUGUCAAGGAGCUCCGUGAGUCCAACAGCCAGAUGGUGUCUCUGACAGAUGAACUGUCUCAGAAGAACGAGGAGCUGCUCAGACACCAGGAGGAAAUCGCUCAGCUGCUCUCCCAGAUAGUAGAGCUGCAACACAGAGUGAAGGAGCUGGCUCUGGAGAAAGAGGAGCUGAGGAUCCACCUGCAGGCCUCUAAAGAUGCUCAGAGACAGCUCACAGCAGAGCUGAACGAGUUGGCGGACAGGAAUGCGGAGUGUGUAGAGAUGCUCCAUGAAUCCCAGGAGGAGAUCAAGGCGCUUCGCAGUAAAAACACUCCCUCUGCUGGGAUGCGAAGGCACCUUUCCUACGGCCUCUACCCCAUGGACUCUCUGGCAGCGGAGAUCGAGGGCACCAUGAGGAGAGAACUGAGUGUUGAGGAAGAGAGCACCUUUCAGGACCAAAGAAUAUCCCACAAGCGAGUCUUCCAAACAGUUCGCUCCGUCAAUGCUUCAGCAUCACGGGCAGCUUCGGCCACCCCUCCUAUCCCCGGCUCAGGACAGAGCUCUCUAGUGAUGACUGCACAGCCCUUCCAGUCCACUCAGGGGGAGGAGGUGCGACUGGGCCAACCUGGCUGUCCAGGAGGAAACGACCUGACCAGAGCCCUCCACCGGCUGUCGCUGCGACGACAGAACUUCCUGUGCGAGCGUCAGUUCUUCCAGGCGGAGCGCGAGAAGAAGCUGCAGUCGCUGGCAGGGGCAGAGGCAGAUGGGGAGGGCAGCGGCUGCAGCUCACCGAUGGGCAGCAUGUUCUCCUCUUUCUCCAACCUGUCAGAUCUCUCCAUCAGCUCCAGCCUUUUCAAGACCUUCUUGCCUGAAAAGCUUCAGAUUGUCAAGCCCAUGGAAGGCUCACUGACGCUCCACCACUGGCAGCAGCUGGCAAAACCACACCUGGCCACCAUCCUGGACCCCCAUCCUGGGGUGGUGACUAAGGGUUUCUGCCCACUGGCUCAGGAUGCUGUCUACCGCCUGUCUGACAUGGAGGAAGAUGAGGAGGAUGAAGAACACAGAGGGAUCGGUGUCCUGGAGAAGGGGGCGGCAGAGCAGGGUAAGGAAGAGGAGGAAGAGGAAGUGGAGGAAAGCGGGAUCACCUUCAAGGUGCGCUUUUCGUCUACGCCGGAGGAGAGGAAAGACAGAAAGCAUUCGGUGUCGCCUCUCCCUGUCCCGCCUCUCUCCCCCACUCUGCCAACAUCACCUGGGACACCCACCACUUCCUCCUCAGUGAGAUCAGACCUGUGUCUGACCCCCACACCCCAUCAUGUGACUGAGAAAUCCAGCCUAUCAUCUCUGCCCAUUCCAGGAGCCUGUACAGCAACAGUCCAAUCACAAAGUGUGAUUUGCACCAUAACAUCAACAACAGCAUCUUCCUCUGUCCAAAAUCCAGGGAAGUGCCAGAGCUCCACCUUCUCCACCUACACUUUCACCACCUGUCACAUCCUUCACCCCAGUGACAUCACACAGGUAACCCCAAGUUCUCAGUCGCCCCUCUUGGCUAACACACCCAGCUCCAUGAGGACAGGUCCCAGUACCCCUGUGACUCCUUGCAGACUGAGUCUGGGUGACUCCUUUACCCCUCGACGCCCCCCUGCGCCCACCAGCGGCCUGGCCAAGCUGGUCCUGGAAAGGGGUAUUUCUGCACAAGUCUCCACUGACAAACCCCCUCCAACCCCAAAACCCUCAGCCCGGCAGCCCCUCUUCCGCCUCCUCCCAAGCACACCCCCUAACUCCCCCUCCCACUCACCUGCUCCCUCCCCAGUGCCCAUGGAAUCCCGCCAGCACCCAGCUGACAAUUUCCUAGCCUCACGGCCAGCAGAGCUUUUUCUCCAGGACGUUUACGGGUUGAAUCUGGGCCGUGCCCCACAUCCCGACCUACCAAGCCCUUCCCAGGAAACCCCAGCCUUUGUCCCGUCCCCUAAGUCAGGCAGAGCCAGGCCUGACCUAGUCAACGUCGGCCUAGUGGAGAGGCUGCGGCGCCUGGGAUUCACAAAGGUGCUCCAGGGUGCAGAGUCUGAGGCUUCAUUGCCACGCCAGGAUUCUGCUACUUUUGUGUCAGCAGGUGGAGGAAGCCUAUUGGACGGCCUGAGGCGCAACCAGAGCCUCCCAGCCAUGAUUGGUGCCCGAGCGGGGAAGUCAGCCGGUAACCCGACACCUCCUCCUCACCCCACCUCCCUGGCCCUCCCUCCACCACCUUGGGGAAACCUCAAAGAACGGCGCCGGCAUCUUGCCUCUGUCUCCCAUGCCCCAUCAAGUUCAACCAAACGCUGAGGUGAAGCGGUGGGUGGACCAAGAACAUGAACUCCUCCUUUACACCUCCAUCCUCUUCUUCCUCCCCUCAUAUCUCUUCCUUUCUGCAUUUGGAGAGAGGAGUCAGGGCAUCCGGUGGGCAGAGCAAUCCCUCCUUUUUAUGACCUAAUUUAAAAGCACAAUUUAACUAAACUGACUGUUUUUAGCGAUGUCGCAUUGUCUGUGUCUAGAUGUUUGCUAUGAUGCUAGUUAUUGAGGCCUUAGCUUGCCUCUGAGUGGGUUAUUCAGCUCUCUGUACCUUCUCAGUCAUGUAUGAAUCUUAAUUAGGUUAUGUAGUUUUCCUGUGAGGCUCUGGAUAUUCAGGUACAGGCAGAGGUGGUGGGGAAAGGACAACAUGUAAGUGGAUGAAGGUUUGUGGAUGUGGAUUAGAGAAGAACAAGAGUUAAGAUAAAGGUAUGAAAGGAAGGUAGAGUCUGGUUAUUGCAUGUUCAGUCAUGUCAGAAGAGAAGUGAAAGGCAAAGAAAGAAAGACUGAGCAUCCAGAGUCUUGCUAUUUCAAGGGCUUGUUCUGUAGUGGAUUGGAAAAGCUUUAGUCUGUAAAAAUCAGUAUCAUCUGCAAAUAAACUUUUACAGUCAGAAGAGAAGGGAUUCAACAUGCUUUUAUUACUUGGACUAGAAGACUUAAGUGCUACCUGGCUUAACGGCAUACUGCCAGGCUAAUCUUGUAGUCAGACCAUGCCAUUAACAUGCCAGUAUUAAUAUUGUAAUGAUUUUACAGUAGUCCGUUGUUGCACGGAUGUCUGGUGACCGUCCAUGUCCGUCCUUUUUCCCGCCUCUUGCAAGCGUCUGCAUGACACGUCAAAGGCGAACUUGCCUACAGGUCCCAGCAUGCACCUGUCGGCAGACCGGUGGGGCCAGGCUGAAGGCGAGGGUCAGAACCAUAGCAGACGGCAGGCAAAAAAAAAUGGAUCUGCCUUUUCCUUCAGGACCUUGUCUUUUUUUUUUUUGUUUGUUUUUUUUAAUGGUAUGAGGCCUUACGUAGAUGCCAGCACUGUUAAGAUUUGUGUUCCUGUGAAGCCAUGGUUGUAUAUAUUGGUUGCACUCAGUGGGAUUUGGAGGUUGAGUUGGUGUUCAUUUGAGGAUCACUGCUUGGUUGAAAACAUUUCACCACGGGCCUUUAAAAGAAAAACGGGAAUUUUAUCGUUGAGUUUUCCUUAUCUCGGGCCCGUGGGACUUUCGGGUUCAGUCUGUUAAGAGGGAAAAACCAUUGACACAUUAUUUUAGAAAAACCAUUGACACAUCCAGGUUUAUUACUGUAUAUGUGGUUGUUUUCUGUGUUUAAAAUGUGUCUCGGGGAUAUCUCAAGGUAAUGUGUGGUUCACACAUUGGCCAGCAGGUGGGAGUGUUUAUAUAGGAAAGCAUAUGAAAGUUCAUCCUACAUACUACUAUAUACAUAUAAUAUCAUGUUUAAAUAAGCAUAGAGCUUUGAGCUUGACCCCUGUGACACUCCUGCUGCUAUCCCUAACAUUCAUCAAUCCAACCAGACCCUCCCACUCAGCUACUGCACUUUUACUUUUAUAUUUAACCUUUGUUUUAGUGACACCACUAUUUAGAAGUAUAUAGAUUCUAACCUAUUAAUGAGAAAAUUAGCAUAAUGUGUGGCUGUUGUAACAAUGUCGGCUAACAUUUUGACAUAAGAUUUUUAAUAUAUGUAGCAGUAUUUUUUGCUUUUUUGUUUUCCACAUGUAGAGGCCCACAGAAGGGAAUCCAAAUCAAGCCAAAAGUGUUUUGAAGAAUGGAAUAGUCUUUGCUUACAUGUGUUUGUGAUGCAUUUUGUGUUAAUUGACUAUAACAUAUUUAAUAAAGGAAGAAGCACUUCAGUUUAAUAUUUUGUAUGUGUGUAGGAUUGAAGAGAAGAUGAAAGAAGGCACAUCCAGACUGUUCAUAUCUUUUUAGAUUUGUUGCAGUUGUCAUAUCCAUAUUCUUUGGUUAAAUAUAAAAUUGCCUGUGAUUUCUUAAUGCCUCCACUUUAAGAUCAUGAUCCUCUGUAAACUACUCAUGGCUAUUAUUCAGUUGCCUCUUCCUUUUUUUUUUUUUUUUUUUAAAUAAAGCAAUAGAAACAAAGCCACUGA